UCUGCGCGUCUCUCCGUUCGCGACCGAUUCGGUAACCCGAUUGGCGCGCGCCUCCGCUGAACUGAACCUCGCGCGAUGCGAUGCGCUCUCCCCGAACUUGCUUUUCCGUCGGCGUCGGUUCCGAUCGUGACCGAGCUGUCUCUUCCGUUUCGAAUCGAGCGGGCGCGAUCGUCCGGGCUUAAUUCGAAGUCCUGCCUAGUGACGCCUGAUCGUAUCCUGGAAGGGAAGUCCCGGGAGGGGAGCUACCGAUCGACGCGCUCGUGAUCAGGCGGUCUGCUCGUGCUGGGGCGGGGGAGCGAAUUUGUCCAUCGCGAGAGCGCCCUGCGAGGUCGAGGUCGGUCGAUUCGAGUGUUGCGUCCUUAAUCUUGCUGCGGUAGUGACAAGAUGGAUGAUGGAGCGCGAGGUGGGCAGGGGGCAUCGUUGGACAGCUACUGGUUAGAAUGGAUAAGAGAGGCCGACUUGCCCUCGUCGGGAACGGAGACGGACGAAGAAGCUUCCGAUGACAUCGAUGUGUUUGUAUCAGAAGGACAUCAUCCGGCAUCAUCAUUGGGGUUAGGUUCAGACAGUGGGGGUGUUCCAAUGCAAACCACUAACAUAUCGCAGCAUCAUUCCGGCAUUUCUGAAGGAAAUUCUGUUUCUCAUUCUUUCCCCAUACUUGCAAUCAGACCAUCUGCUAAUGGGACCAGCCCUGGUGGUUUUCGGGGAGUCGCUAAUCGUGGCAUUGCUGCAGCUAAUAAGGAGUCCGGCAGAGGUACUCUCUGCAGUAUAGAAGAGCCUCAUUCUGUGCAGAACUGUGAAAAGAAACUUCAGUUUGAGGCAACACGGGUCAGAUACCACCUUAAGAGAGGUGAUGAUCUAUUGGAGAAAUCAUGGUCAGAAAGAGAUGAUGAUGGUUCAAAGAAGAAGGAUUUUGCUGAUGAUGUGUUGGAUCCACAAUGUAGAACAAUAUUUGGACAUAGAGUUUCUGAUGUAAACUUUGACUCAUGCGAUUUACUGAGCGAGAGAAAUCGUUUUUCCAAUUCAUCACUUUAUCUGGGGCAGCAUGCAAUUGCUAAUAAAUCAAACAAGAGGUUGGAUAACGCUAUGCGUGUUGAUUCUUGCCAUUCCAGAUCAAGCUGUCUCCAUCAGACUUAUUCAUCUGAUGUUAUCCAUGAGCGAAGUAAAAGAAAUGUCCAGUCUGAUUUGUCAACAGAUUAUCGUCUCUUUGAACCUCACUGGCCAAUGCAAUGCAGCUAUGAAGUAGGAAAAUCUGCACCUGAGAAAGGGCAGCAAUUAAUGGAUGACGUGUCAAAACUGAGGAACAGUAUGAUUAACUCCUCAUUCAAUAGCUUAUCUGGAGAGUCCUUCACGAGUAUGAAGCAUGGUUUUAGUUCACCGACUUCAUCUCAUUCUCUUGGAAGGGCUUCUACUGUACUUAGCAGAUUGCAUGGGACAGAAUCAGUGCCAACAGAACAGGCCCAUUUGGUGGUCAAAGCAAUGCACAGUUUGUCAGAAUUGUUUCUCUUUCAGAGCUCCAAUGGACCAUGGGACUUAAAGGAUGAGGACUAUGAUAUCCUUAAAAGUGUAUUACAUAACCUCAGCGCAUCUCUGAAACAAUUCCAGCGAGGUACUGAAAGGCAACAAUUACCAUCUUCACCAACUCUUCCAGCCCAACUUUUUGGAAAGUCGAGUGCUCAAGUAAAGAGUGUGAGAUCAGAAGAGCCACAGAUGAGGAGCGUACAGGCUAAUGAUCAGGGUCAGUCCACUCUUCCGCACUUCUCCGAGGAGAGAAAACGUUAUCUUGUGCAAGGUGAUCCAAAUAAAGUUGAUUCAGUGCUUGUUGCUAGUGAUGAUCUUGACGGCAAUGAUAAAAUGACUCAGGCCAUUAAGAAAAUCCUUAUAGAUAACCUUGAUGACGAGGUGGAACCGAAUCCGCAAGUUCAAUUGUUUAAGAAUUUAUGGCUUGGGGCAGAGGCUACAUUAUGUUCCAUGAAGUUCAAGUCUUGCUUUAAGCGUGUGAAGACGGAGAUGGAGAGGCUCGAGACCUUUCAAAGAGGUGAUUCAUCUGACAACUCGUGGGAUAUGGAGAAGUUAUUGAGUUUGAAUCCCUCCUCCUAUUCCCGGGGUGAUGACAAAUUGGGCCUUCGGGCUAGGGGUCAUGUGACCCAAAACACCACUACCCAGUGUUUCCCUGCCUUUAGUGCAGGUACCGAUCUAAAUGAUGUUGUGGCCAGAUCUACCAUCUUGAAAGACUGCAGCUUAAAGUUAGAUGCCAUCUCUGCUGGAGACAAGGUGGAAUGUGUCAGUCCUGAGAAUUCUAAAUUGGGCCAUAACUCAAAUGAUGUUGUGGCCAGAUUUACUAUCCUCAAGGAUCGAGACUUCAACUCAAACGCCAUGUCUGCUGGAGAUGACAUGGAAUGUCUUAAUCCUGAGGACUCUAAAUCUCAAAAUCUCAAGGAAGCUGGUAAAUCAACAACCCGAGCAUGUCCCAUAGGUGGUUUCAAUGAAGGCAACUCUGAAAAUUUUCCUGUGAAUUUCCCAACUAAACGGAUGGACGAUGCGGAUGCUUCUGUAAUGGAGAGAUUAUCUAUCCUGAGACAAAGGGAUGAUAGUUUGGUCUCUGUGAAUAUUCAACCGAGGCCAAAGGAACCUGCUUGUCUCGAGUCUUUUUUGAAGAAGGAUUAUUUUUCAAACUUGGCAGUGAAAGCUGAUGUGCCGAGUUUCAGUAGUUCUCCUGCCUUUCGACAUCAGAUUGCAUAUCCUGCUGAUGAAAAGUCGACCUUGAAGGACAUACCUGUAAUUCUUGAAGGUGAUGAAGCAACCCAAUCUCGGUGCAUUGGUGGUUCCGCAAACUUGAAUUUUGCAGGCUGCUCCAAUGGUUCUCCAUCAUCUGACUGGGAGCUAUGCGGUGAAGGAGAUUUGUCAGCAGAGGUAUGAAGCCUCCAAGUGCAGUGAGCAGUGGCCCCUAAGAGUGAAAGCUUUGGUUCUCCUUUUAACCAUCAAUGAUCUCGCCAUGCCUCUUCAUCCCAUCUGAACCUGGUUUCUCUGAUUUGCGGUUGAACUUGUAUAAGUUUAACUUAAUGACACAUCUCUGCUUGAACCUGUGCUUAAUCCUAACACCUCCCCUAUGGUUUUAAGAGUCA